AUGCCGGCUCAUCACCAUAAACCGGCCCCUCAACCGCCGCCCUCGCCUCGAAACACGGCCAAAUAUAUCAGCAAGGAUGGUUCCAAGUUCAUCACCGUUACCAAGCCUGCCGACUCCGAGUCAUCUCAACCCUCGACCCCCGCCGCCUCCCAGUCCGCCGAUGCGCCGAACGAGCCCACUGCUUCUCAACCCCCGGCACCAGCCGUGAACCGCAAGAAGCAGAAGCGUCGCCAGAAGGCUGCCGCCAAAGCUGCUGCCGAGGAGGCUCUACACCCCAACGGCCACGCGUCGCCGCAAUCGUCAGCCGACGUCAGCUCACCCCAACCAGGCCUGGCAGACGAUGACGAGGUCAACAGCGAAGAUGACGAAGGCUACGAGUUCGUCCUCCGGUCUGAAGUGACUAACGGCCACACUGACCCAAGCGGUUCCAAAUCAAAAAAGAGCAAGAAGAAGAAGAAGAAGAAGAAUGGCGCUCAGACCGACGCCGGAGCCGAUGACGUAGCGUCGCCGCUGUCCGGGCCCGCCUCCCUCGGCCCCCGCGGUCGGGGCAUAUCCCGCAACGACAAGAUCUGGAGCACUAGUAACCAGGAGGAGCGCGAGAGAAUCAAGGAGUUUUGGCUAGGACUCGGCGAGGAUGACCGCAAGUCUCUUGUCAAGGUGGAAAAGGACGCCGUACUCCGCAAGAUGAAGGAGCAGCAGAAGCAUACAUGCAGCUGUACCGUCUGCGGCAGGAAGCGCACCGCCAUUGAGGAGGAGCUAGAGGGUCUGUACGACGCUUACUAUCUCGAACUCGAGCAGUUUGCGAACCAAGGCGAGGGCCCGCCCAUGCUCGGCCCGCCGCGUGAGUACUCGACCCCGGCCUUCCGGAAUAUGCACCCCCACCACCCGGGAUACCCGCCGCAACCGCCGUCACGCGGGCGCAUAGUCGAGCACGUAGGCGACGAUGAAGACGAGGACGAGAUCGAGGAGGUCUACAGUGAGGACGAGGUCGACGAGGACGACUACAGUGACGACGAACCCCCCGAGGAAUACCACAACCCGCACGACCGCGACGUGGCAGAUUUCUUGACGUUUGGCAACAGCCUCCAGGUCAAGGGUACGCAGCUUCUUGAAUCUCUACUGCUCAGAUAUGGUAACAUGGACUUAGGCGGCAUUCUCACUGUGGCGGACGACCUGCUCAAGAACGACGGCAAGCGCUUCAUCGAGAUGAUGGAGCAGCUGGCCGAGCGCCGCAUGGCCCGAGAGGAGGACGCGCGCGAGCACUCCCCCCGCAGCUACGGUCAUCCCAACGGCUCGUACCCCGCCCCUCACAGUCACCUGCCCCCCGAGGACGAGGAGGACUACGAGGAGGACUACGACGACGAGGAAGAAUACGAAGAGAGCCAAGAUGACGAGGAUGACGAAGAAGAGGUAUACUCGGACCCGUCCACGAUGAUGCCGCCGUCUAGGUACCAUACUGAGUGCUGCUGCCAGAACGCCUUGACCGAAGAGCAACGAAUGGAGGAGGGACGACGCAUGUUCCAAAUCUUUGCCGCCCGCAUGUUCGAGCAACGUGUCCUCUCGGCCUACAAGGAAAAGGUGGCUAAGGAACGCCAAGCCAAACUCCUCGAAGAGCUCGAGGAGGAGGGUCGCAAGGAGGACGAGCAGAAGGCCCGCAAAGCGAAGACAGCCCAGCGCAAGAAGGAGAAGGCGGCCGAGAAGAAGAGGGCGCUGGCGGAGGAGAAGGCCCGCAAAGAUGCUGAGAAGGCCGCCGAGGAGGCUGCACGUCUAGAGGCCGAGCAGCGCAAGGUCCAGGAGCAACGGCUCAAAGCCGAGGAGAAGAAGAGGCAGAAGGAGGCACAGAGGAAGGCUGACGAGGAGGCUCGUCUCCGCAAGGAGGCUGAGCGCCAACGGCGAGUCCACGAGCAGCGUGAGAGACAGUUUGAGCAGGAGCGCAAGGCCCGCGAAGCCAAGGAGCGCGAGAAGAAGGCCAAGGAGGAGCAGCGGCUCAAGGAGAAACAGGCUCGGGAGCAAAAGGAGCGCGAGGCCCUCGAGCGCAAGGAGAAGCAAGAGCGCGACAAGCGCGAAAAAGAGGCGCGCGCCGCCAAAGCUCAAAGGGAGGCUAUUGAGGCCAGGGAAGCCAAGGAACGUGCACGUGAAGAAGUCGCGUCUCAAAAGGCUGCGGCCGCCGCCGCCGCCGCUGCUGCUGCUGCUUCUGCUGGCUCGACAAGUCAACAACAACAACAACAACAACAACAACACUCUCAUCCGCAUGCUCACCCUCACUCUUCCUCUUCUCAGCAGCAACAGCAACCUCCUGGCAGCAGCUCAUCGACCAUGUCGCAGACAGCGAAGCGUAGUGGGCCGACGCCAGGCGGUCAGGUGCCCACGCCGUCUAUAUCGACGGUGCUCCCACAGCACCCGCCGAAUACGGCCAACUAUGCCUCGCCCAAGAUUCCCGUCGCCACUCCCGUGAUACCCAAGGCCCCGACACCGAUGCGGAACCGCACCAUCUCGCACCAGCUUGAGAUGCAACAACAGUAUCAACAGCAACAGCACCAGCAGGCGCAGCACUCGAACGCAUCGGCAUCACAGCCAGGUUCGGUCACGAGCCACGAUGCUUCCCCCCGUCCAGAGGCUCUCGAUCAGCAUCACGCGAGUCCCAGGUCGAUCGUGCAGCCGCGUAAGACGAGCGGGACCAUCUCUGGGUCGCUGCCUCUCCACACGCAAAACUCAUCGUCUCCCGUGUCCAGUAUCUUAGGACACUCGACACCCGUGAGCCUGCCGCCACCCAUCGGCAUGCAGUCUCCUCCGGGUCUGGGGCAGCAUGCUCCGCCACCGGGAUUCGGGGGUCUGCCUCCGGGUUUCCGGGCAGGACACAUGAUGCCACCCCCGGGGAUCAACGGACCGGUCGUCGGGCGCGGCUUCUCGCCUGUGCACGUGGCCAUGGCACCAAGCUUCAGCGCCCAGGGCCAUGGAGACCACCAUCAGUUUCCCAUCGUCCAGGCUGGCACGCCUCACGGGCACAGCCGACAGGGCUCGGCGGGAUACGACAUGGCCACCAACGCAGUGCCCGGCGCGCCGUCGACACACGGCAUCGGGACGUCGGGACAGCCCAUCGGUCGUCCGGCACCUAUCGGAAGGCCCGGUAGCACCAACCAGGGCCGGCCGCGCGCAGCCCAAGAUGAUGAGACGCAGCAGCUGGGUAGCAGGGCGCUCCUCGGAGACGACGAGCCCCUGGUGGGGUCGGACCUCCACCCGGGAGGGCUCCGAACGCAACCACCUGGGCUGGCCCGGCCUGGAGGGUUCGGCCCCGGCCCAUUCAGCGACAGCGGAUUUAACCCGCCGCUCAACCCGUGGGCAGCACCCUUGCCUCCCGGCGGAGGUCACGCCGGGUUUGGACCUCCGGGUUUGGUGGCACCGACGUGGGGAGCACCAGGAAUGGCGCCCCACCACCACCACCACCACCACUCGCAUAUGCAGGCGUUUGGCAUCGGAUCGCCCCCCAGGCCUGCCUUUGGGAUGAUGAGGCCGCCUAACCAGGCCGGAGGGACGAGCAUCCCGGCCCUCCGGACACUUCUGUGCCAGGCAUGCAGGGAGCUGGUGAGCUCUGGCCAGGCGGACAAGGACGGUUUCAUCGACGUAGCGACUCUGGAGCGACACAUCGAGACACGGCACGGCAAGAUGGACAGUCGCGAGCUGACGAACCUCUUCGACACAGAGGGCAACGCGUCCAAUGGCGGAGGUAGCUUCGAAGCCAAGAAGGUGGGUGAGAUGGAGCACGUGCGGUGGCUACCGACGGGGACAGAAGACGGCAUUCACUCUCAGCCUCGAGACGUGGGUGCUCCCGGGCAGAUGCGCAGUCCCAUGGUAGGGCAUGCGACUACGGUACGGGGGAUGUAG